AUGGCGAGCGGCACCGGCGGCGGCGGUAACACCGGUGCGGGUGGCACCUCGGGGCUGGGCCUGGGCCUGGGCCUGGGGCUGAGCCUCGGCAUGGGUGAGGCCACCGGCGACGCGGAGGAGGAGGCGGCCGCGGCCGAGGCAGUGGGACGCCUGGCCACGUCGCUGUGGCUGCGGCUCCGCGGCUGGGAGGCGGUGCUGGCGGCCGCACAGCGACUGCUGGUGUGGGAGAAGCCGCUGCACAGCCUGGUCACGGCAGCCACACUCAACGGCCUCUUCUGGUUGUUGUCUUCGUCCUCCCUCCGGCCCAUCUUCCUGCUCAGCAUCUCACUUUUGACCUAUUUUCUACUGGACCUCUGGCAUCCUCGCUUUCUCCCCGACGUUUCAGCACCAGCUCCUGAGGAACCACACUCUGACAGUGAGGGUGCGGGGUCAGGCGCCCAGCCGCACCUGCUGAGUGUGCCCGAGUUGUGCAGAUACCUGGCUGAGAGCUGGCUCACCUUCCAGAUUCACCUGCAAGAGCUGUUGCAAUACAAGAGGCAGAAUCCAGCUCAGUUCUGCGCUCGCGUCUGCUCUGGCUGUGCUGUGCUAGCUGUGCUGGGACACUAUGUUCCAGGGAUUAUGAUUUCCUACAUUGUCUUGCUGAGUAUCUUGCUGUGGCCCCUGGUGGUUUAUCAUGAACUGAUCCAGAGGAUGUAUACUCGCUUGGAGCCCUUGCUCAUGCAGCUGGACUACAGCAUGAAGGCAGAAGCUGAUGCCUUGCACCACAAACAUGACAAGAGGAAGCGGCAAGGGAAGAAUGCGCCCCCAGCAGGUGAUGAGCCGCUGGCUGAAACAGAGAGUGAAAGCGAGGCAGAGUUGGCUGGCUUCUCUCCAGUGGUGGAUGUGAAGAAAACGGCACUGGCCUUGGCUAUCACAGACUCAGAGCUGUCAGAUGAAGAGGCCUCUAUCUUAGAGAGUGGCGGCUUCUCUGUGUCUCGGGCCACCACUCCGCAACUGACAGAUGUUUCUGAGGAUUUGGACCAGCAGAGCCUACCAAGUGAGCCAGAAGAGGCUCUGAGCCGAGAACUCGGGGAGGGAGAAGAGACAGAGCUAGCCCCUCCUGAAGACUUGCUAAGUGCCCCUCCAGCUCUCUCAAAGCAAGCCCUGGAUACAGACGAGGAGGCUGCAGUCAAGGAAACAUUACUUCAGCUCUCAUCUCCUCUCCAUUUUGUGAAUACGCACUUCAAUGGGGCAGAGUCCCCCCAGGAUGGAGUGAAACUCUCUCCUGGAGGACCAGUGGAAACCCUAAGCCCAGAGGUAGUAAGUGGUGACCUAAUGGCUCCACCCAGCACCCUCUCACCCCCACUUGCUGAAAGUGGUCCAGUUUCCCUCCUGUCCCCCUCUGUGCACCCCUCCCUUCCCCAGGACUUACCUCAACCCCUGGCUGCCCCUGAGGAGGAAGAAGCACUCACCACUGAGGACUUUGAGUUGCUGGACCAGGGGGAGCUGGAGCAACUGAACGCAGAGCUGGGCUUAGGACCAGAGAUGCCCCCAAAACCCCCUGAUGCUCUGCCUCCUCCUCCCCUGGGGCCAGACAGCUGUUCUCUAGUACAGUUAGACCAAGAGGCUCAUGCAGUGCUUGAGCCAUGAGCCAUGGCAGGAUGAGCUGCAGGCAUACUAGGGCUUCCUGACUAGGCAUGUCACAUUUCCUCUCCCUACCACUCUGGGAGAGGCACUGUGUGGAGAAGCUGGCCGUCAGAAGGAAGCCAGCACACUGCCUGCCUGGCUGCCUGCUGUCCUGGGACCUGGUAUAGUACCUGUGCCUAGGAUUGGUUUUACAUUUGUAAAUAACUUUCCAUUUGGGUUAGUGGAUGUGAUCAGGGCUAGGGAAGUCCUUCCGUAGCCUGCACUUGCUUCCCUGCCUCAUUGCUUCUCAUUCUACUGUGUCCCAAGCCCUGGUGGUCACUUUCUUUUUCUUCCUUUCCUCAGGGACCUGUGCUGCUCUGCCCUCAUGUCCCACUUGGUUGUUUAGUUCAGGCACUUUAUCAUUUUCUCUACUGUCCCACACUCCCUUUGGCUUUAUUUCCCUGCUGUGUCUGUCCUUAGCAGCGUGAUCCCCACUCUGCCUACUCCUGCUUUCCCACAGGCACUGGCCGAGUUUUCGGGCAGGUUCUCAUCUGAGAAGGAAUAAACCUGGAGUUGUGUAAGGCCAAUAGUGCUGUGCUUAGGCCACUGUGGCCCCAAACCUGCACUGCACCCUUGCCCAUUUCAGCCCUCAUGAUGCCGGACAGUGGGUCCCAUAGCACUUUGCCAGCACUGGGGUUGAUGAGCAUGCUCUCUUGCUCUCUAAGGUCUGAGGUGAGGGACUCCUGUCUUAGAACAAAACCUACUGGACCAGUUGAGACUCCUUGCUAGGGUCCAAAGUGGAUAGUAACAUCUGCAUAGGUGUUAACUGGAAAAAUAAAGUGUCGAUUGGCU